GGUCUCCAACAGCAGCAGCAGCGGCGGCUCGUCAUGUGAAUGUUGUUGCGGCUCUUCUUCAGUCAUGGGCUUCUGCUACUGGACCCUUCUGCUCGGAGGAUCAUACGAGCCUCCUGUUAUUAAUGAUGAUUUACAGUCGCAGAUGGAGAAGUGUCCGAGGAAUGAAGGAUUUGUUUUUGCCAACUUUCGCCGUUUGUGAUUCGCGCUUGAUUUUCAGCAGCGCCUUGACUCAACUUCUCAUGCUAACUGAAGCUAACUCAAAUCAAUGCCAGAUUUGUCCUGCUCCUCAAGCGCUUCGUGAUGAAAUUCGCGUUUUAUUUCAUUCCAGUUUUAUGUUUAACACUGUUUUAACGUCGCACGUGGAUAUAUGAAGUUUUUAUUCCCGGAAACCACAGAGUUUAAUAUGAAUUCCUCAGUAGAUGUAUCGCUGAAGAGAGCUCUGAAAACUCCUCCGACACGACGGACUGCUGAGGAUCUGAACAUCAUCUACACUCAUCUGUACCACAUGGACGUGUUGUCACACCUCAGAGAACAUCAGCUCAGGUCCAUGUGCAUGACGGCCCGGUACGAGUGCUACGAGGCCAACCGUGUGCUCUUCUACGCUGACAGCAUCUCCACCUGCUGGUUCGUCCUGCUGUCGGGAUCAGUGCUGGUGAAGGAGCACAUGUAUCUGGCCCGAUGCUGUUUUGGGACGCAGCGUGGAGGAAGACGAGGCUGUGAAUGCAUCACUCUAGAGCCGUCAGAGAUGAUUGUGGUGGAGAACGCCAGCGAAACCGACCACGCGGACUUACAGAGACACGGCUCGCAGAGACAGUCCCGCCGACGCUUCUGUAGGGUCAGCGCUGGCGGAGAGAGACAGAUGAUCGUGGACAGCCAGGACAACACUGACACGCUUCCUGGUGACCUGAGCAAGAUGCACCUGACGGACCACCCACACCAGCAGAUGCACAUGGCCAACAGCCAAUCAGGAUGCAGCAUCGCCAGCGACUCGGGGAGCAGCAGCCUAUCAGACAUCUACCAGGCUACAGAGAGUGAGCUGGGUGAUGUGGAUCUCUCGGGUCUUCCUGAAGCUCCAGUGGACUCAGAGGAGGAGGAGGAGGAUGAAGACAUGGACCGCUCCUCAGAUGCUCUCCUGGCCAGAGAUCUGGUGCGCGAGUGUCUGGAGAAAGACGCGCUGGACCGCACAGAUGACGACAUUGAGCAGCUGCUGGAGUUCAUGCAUCAGCUGCCGGCGUUCGCCAACAUGACGAUGUCAGUGCGCAGGGAGCUGUGCCGGGUCAUGAUGUUUGAGGUGGUGGAGGGAGAGGGAACCGUCAUCCUGCAGGACAAGCAGGAGCUGGACCUGUGGUAUGUGAUCCUGAACGGUGCAGUGGAGAUCAGCUACAGUGACGGCCGAUCAGAGAUCCUCUGUAUGGGAAACAGCUUCGGCAUCACUCCAUCACUGGACAGACAACUGAUGAGCGGAGCCGUGAGCACCAGAGCAGACGACUGCCAGUUCGUGUGUAUCGCGCAGCAGGAUUACUGCCGCAUCCUCAAUCAUGUGGAGCAGAACACACACAAGGUGGAGGAGGAGGGCGAGAUCGUGAUGGUGAAGGAGCACCGAGAGCUGGACCGCAGCGGCACACGCAAGGGACACGUCGUCAUCAAGGGCACGCCGGAGCGUCUGGUCCUGCAUCUGGUGGAGGAGCCGUCAGUGGUGGACCCCACAUACAUCGAGGACUUCCUGCUAAUGUACCGCACCUUCCUGUCCAGCCCCAUGGAGGUGGGGAACAAGCUUCUGGAGUGGUUCAGAGUCGACACUCUGAGAGACACGGUGACCCGGAUCGUGCUGUUGUGGGUGAACAAUCAUUUCAAUGAUUUCGAGGGUGAUCCAGUGAUGACGCAGUUCCUGGAGGACUUCGAGAAGCUGCUGGACGCCUCGAAAAUGAAGGGUCACCUGCGUCUGCUGAACAUCGCGUGCGCGGCGAAGGCCAAGUGUCGUCAGGUGACGCUGCAGAAGUCCUGCAGAGAGUCUCCGCUGAUGUUCAGCCUGCAGGGAGGCAGCGAGCGCGGCUUCGGCAUCUUCAUCGAGAGCGUGGAGCCCAACAGCAGAGCAGCAGAGGCAGGACUCAAGCGCGGAGACCAGGUCUUGGAGAUCAACGGGCAGAACUUUGAGAACAUCUCCUACACCAAAGCCAUGGACAUCCUGAAGAACAACACACACCUGUCCCUCACCGUGAAGACCAACAUCUUUGUUUUCAAAGAGCUCCAGAGUCGCGUGAGGCACGAGAAGAAGAACGGCGGUCCUCAUAUUCCCAAGAUCCAGGAGCGGAAGAGCAACCGCUUCUCCAUCCCGGAUCUGCCCGGAGACAUGGAGUUUCCCACCGACAGCAAGAGCCACAAGAAGAUGAAGGCCAACACCGUUUCUGGAGGACGCAACAAGAUCCGCAAGAUGCUGGAGAAGACCAGAUUCAGCAUCCUGCCCCCUAAACCCUUCAGUGACAGCGGUGUGUGUCAGUCUCAGGAUGACAGUAUCGUGGGCACUAAACAGUGUCGUCACAGUGUGGCCAUAAUGCCGAUCCCUGGCAGCCUCUCGUCCAGCAGCCCUGACCUGCUGCAGCCCGCCACCACUGUGCUGGACUUCAGCAACCCCUCAGUGGCUGGUUUCUACUAUAUUCCCGAUCAGGUGAUCCGUGUGUUUAAGGCGGACCAGCAGAGCGCCUACAUCAUCAUCAGUAAAGACACCACCGCUAAAGACGUGGUUUCGCAUGUAGUGAGUGAGUUCGGUCUGAUCGCCGCCGCUGAGACCUACUCUCUGUGUGAGGUGUCCGUCAGUCCUGAAGGAGUCAUCAAACAGCGCAGACUGCCGGACCAGCUGUCCAAACUAGCGGACCGCAUACAGCUCAACGGCAGGUACUACCUGAAGAACAACAUGGAGACGGAGACGCUGUGUUCAGACGAGGACGCUCAGGAUCUGCUGCGGGAGAGUCAAAUCGGCCUGCUGCAGCUCAGCACAGUAGAAGUGGCGGCUCAGCUCUCCAUGCGGGACUUCAGCCUGUUCCGGAACAUCGAGUCCACCGAGUAUGUGGAUGACCUCUUCAAGCUGGACCCUGGCGGUGGCGGCGCUGGCCAUCUGAAGCAGUUCGAGGAGAUCAUCAACCAGGAGACCUUCUGGGUGUCCACUGAGAUCCUGCGAGAACCCAACGCCAUCAAACGCAUGAAGACCAUCAAGCACUUCAUCAAGGUCGCACUGCACUGCCGCGAGUGCAAGAACUUCAACUCCAUGUUCGCCAUCAUCAGUGGUCUGAAUCUGGCUCCUGUGGCUCGACUCCGGAGCACGUGGGAGAAACUGCCUAGCAAGUAUGAGAAGCUGUUUCGUGACCUCCAGGACAUCUUCGACCCAUCGCGCAACAUGGCCAAAUACCGCAACAUCCUGAGCAGCCAGAGUGUGCAGCCUCCCAUCAUCCCUCUCUUCCCUGUGGUCAAGAAAGACCUCACGUUCCUGCACGAAGGUAACGACUCGAGUGUUGACGGCCUGGUGAACUUCGAAAAGUUACGAAUGAUUGCCAAGGAGAUCCGACAUGUGGUGCGCAUGACCUCAGCCAACAUGGACCCCGCGCUCAUGUUCAGACAGAGGAAGAAGCGCUGGAAGAGUUUAGGAUCUCUCAGUCAGGGCAGCACCAACUCAAACCUGCUGGACGUUCAGGGGAAUCAUAAGAAGCGUGUGCGCCGCAGCUCGCUGCUCAACGCCAAGAAGCUGUACGAGGACGCGCAGAUGGCCCGCAAGGUGAAGCAGUACCUGGCACACCUGGAGGUGGAGACGGAUGAGGAGAAGUUCCAGAUCAUGUCUCUGCAGUGCGAAGCCGCCUAUAGCACACUGUCCAAGAACCUGAGUGAGCGGCGCUCCACUAAGUCGGACAUGUCUCCGGUGUCCCUGCGCUCCGGUCUGUCUUCCUCCAGGACUCAGAACCGCGUGUCUCAGGUGCUGCAGGUUCCUCCGGUCAGCCUUUAUCCUCUGAGGAAGAAGAGCAUCGCCAAAGACCUGGCCGCUACCUUCAGUCCGAACUCCCCGCAGACGCCGAAGAAAUCCGCUGGUGCAGCCGAGGACAGCAGGAGAACAGAAGAGAGCCUGUCCUCCGUCUCGUCCCUACACUCCAGUCCCACCGUGUCCCCGCAGGGCUCUCCACGCAAAGUGAGCGUCUCGUCGUCUCGGCAGAACGGCUCGUCGGCUCCGGCCCCCGGCGGACGCACCUACGGCAUAGGUUAUGCCCUGAUGCCAGCGGGUCGCUCUGAUCUGUCAGACUCCAGUGAGAUCUCGUCCCGCUCCAGCAUCGUCAGCAACUGUUCCGUGGAUUCGGGACUUACAGUGCCCCCCGCCAGCGUCCCAGCAGAGGCACACACACAUACUCCAGCAGACUGCAGCUGGUCUUCAUCUGUACGGGACUCUACAGUAGCGCUCUCCACCGUCUCCAGCAGUGCUGAGGAGCUGACGGCCCCUGAACACUCCUCCGUCUCAGAGAUCGCGGACAGCGGACGCGCCAGCUGGACCUCCUGCUCCAGCAACUCUCAGGACAGCCUGCAGACGGUGCAGCGGGCCCCGGAGCCGCUCAACCUCCGCCACACCCCCAUGGGCGGCCCGAUCGCAGAGGUGGACCCGGCUCUGCUGGAGGAACGAGACUCAGAGGACGGAUUCGACACCGUUAAACGCAGCAGCACAGAUCCAGUCGACAGCUCCGACUACAAGACCAUCACCUCCAGCACAGAGAGGGGGCUCAUAGUGUACUGUGUAACAUCUCCCUGUAAAGAUGAGCGUUUCCGUGCACCUCCACCAACGCCGCCAGGUUAUCAGGGUCUGACUCUGGGCGCCGCUCAGGCUCAGGACGCCCAGAAGCUCAAACCGCCCGAAUAUAGAGUCGCCCUGCAGAGCUGCAGACUGAGACGCAGCCUGGCGGAACCCCAACCUGAGCCGGAGCCAUCCCGACACACUCACUGCACUGCGGAGAAGGAAGAGGAUGAGCAGGUGUCUGCAGUGUGACUGGCGGUCCUCCUGGUCUCUGAUCUCCAUCCUUCAGUGUUUCUCUCCUUGAGGAAGAAGAGCAUGUGGUUUUCAUCUGCUGCUCCUCCUGGUCUGCGUCUCUCACACACACACACCCACACACACACAGACUCAGCGUUACGGUACUCCACUGAUGCUCUGCUCAUCUUCUGGACUCUCCUCAGCAUCAGACGUGUGUUUACAGCUCCUCGGUUUACAGUGUUUCUCCAGCGUGCUCCGUCUGCUGCCUGGGUUUAGACUCAAUAACGGCGGUGUGUGUGUGUGUGUGUGUGUGUGUGUGUGUGUGUGUGUCUGACAGACGGACAGUGCUUUCUACAUACUGCCGUGAGCCGGAUCGGCACUGCUUGACAAGGGAACUAUAUUUAUAUGCUAGCUGUGCAUCUGGACAGGUCAGUCCCCGGGCAGACGGGAGGUUUUGUACAGGCUGCAGACGCUCUAACAGCAGGUCUCUCUCCGUCUGCAGCACAUUUGUACAUCAGGCUUGAUAAAUCUAUUCUAUUACGGGACAGAACUGGACUAUGAUGAUGGAUGCGGACGCGCUCUUCUUCUGGUUUACUGUUAGUAGGUGUAGUUUGGGUCUGAUUGUAUUAUUGAUAUAAGCAGACAGGUUUUUUUAUGCUAUGUUCUGUUGUAAAUGAAUGUGACGGAUCAUGUACAGCUGAUAUAAGAGAUUGUGCUAUAUAUAAACUGUAUUUUUACUAUUUUGUUGAAUAAACCUGACUGCUCCUGUUACCGGGCAGAGAGUA